UUAGCGGAGUUACUGUUGGGCUUAAUGGAGCAUUAGCAUGUUAGCAGAUUUAGGUAAUGUUAGCGGAGUCUCUCUGUGGAGUGUAAUACAGCAUUAGCAUGUUAGUGGAGUUGGCUAAUGCUAGCAGAGUUUCUCUCGAUGGAGCGCAAUGGAUUAUUAGCAUGUUCGUGGAGUUGCUGUCUGUGGAGUGUACUGGAGCAUUAGCACAUUAGCGGAGUUGGAUAACCUUAGCAGAGUUUCUCUCUGGGGAGUGUAAUGGAGUAAUGGGACAGGGCAUGUCCUGUUUUGGGUUCCCCGCUGGUCGCAGGUCGCCGGACGGGAUGGGGAACGGCUCGGUGAAAACGAAGCAGAUGAAACAACCGGACGGGAUGACAACGAGCCUCUCCGGGGGGGGCGGAGGGGGGCGGCUGAGCGCCAAAAACGCGGCGGAGCAGCUGAGGGUGAAGGUGGCGGAGCUGGAGAAGGAGACGAGAAGGAAAGACGAGGAGCUCGGAGAGAAGGACCAGCGGAUUCGCAGCCUCCAGGAGCACCUAGCCAGGCAGACCAAGGCUGUCUCCGAGCUGACCGAGGAGCUGCGCAGCAAGGCUGCCCAGCUGGGCAAACUGCAGGACGUGGUCAGAACCCAGGGAGGGGCAGGAAUCCACCCCUCGCCCCUGAAGGCCAAGUUCAACCAGCACGUCAGCGGCCUGAUCCGGGACACCCUCAACCGCAGGAAGGGGGCCAAGGCGGGCGUGUCAGCUGAACCCACCUCCAGGACCUACGGCUCCCGCAGCCAGCCCAAGUUCUCCUUCGAGAAGGCCAGGGUCUGGAAGGACUCCAGCACAAAGAAACUCAUCAUCGACGCUCUGAACAGGAACCAGUUCCUGAAGAGGCUGGAGCCACAGCAGAUUAAGGACAUGGUGGAGUGCAUGUAUGAGAGAAGCUUCCAGAAGGGCGAUUAUGUCAUCAAGCAGGGAGAGCCUGGAAAUCACCUGUUUGUGUUGGCAGAUGGGCAGCUGGAUGUCUUUCAACAGAGCAAAUUGUUAACUACAAUAGCUGUCUGGACAGCAUUUGGUGAAUUGGCAAUACUGUACAACUGCACACGGACUGCUUCUGUAAGAGCACUCAGCCAGGUGAAGACAUGGGCUCUGGACCGAGAGGUGUUCCAGAACAUCAUGAGGGUGACCGCAGAGACCCGACACAAUCAGUACCGCAGCUUCCUCAGGAGCGUCUCAUUAUUGGCUGGACUACCAGAAGACAAACUAAAUAAGAUUGUGGACUGCUUAGAAAUGGAAUAUUACGACAAAGGCGAUUAUGUCAUCAGAGAGGGAGAGGAAGGAAGUACGUUCUACAUCAUCGCCAAAGGAAAGAUCAAGGUCACUCAGAGCACAGAAGGUCACGAGGAACCGCAGACCAUAAAGACCCUGCAGAAGGGUGACUACUUUGGGGAGAAGGCUCUCAUCAGUGAUGAUGUCCGAUCAGCCAACAUAAUCGCAGAGGAAGACGAUGUGGAGUGCCUCGUUAUUGACAGAGAGACCUUCAGUCAAACUGUUGGGACUUUCAGUGAACUUCAGAAGUACCUCCAAGGCUACGUCAAUAGUCUCGCUCGUGACGACGAGAAGAGACACGCGAAGAGGUCGACGAGUGUGCGUCUGACUCCACCCCUGUGCGUGGAGCUCAUCCAUCUGAAGGCGCGCGUCUCCUCCUUCUCCCCAAAUGCCCCCUUCGACAGCCUGGAGGUGGUGGCCACACUCGGGGUGGGAGGCUUCGGAAGGGUGGAGCUGGUGAAGGUUAAAAACGAAGAUGUGACCUUCGCCCUGAAGUGCAUCAAGAAGAAGCACAUUGUGGACACCAGACAGGAGGAGCACAUCCACUCAGAGAGGAAAAUCCUGGCAGAGGCUACCUCUCCCUUCAUCGUAAAGUUGUACCGUACCUUUAAGGACAAUAAGUAUGUGUACAUGCUGCUGGAGGCCUGCCUGGGAGGGGAGAUCUGGAGCCUGCUCCGAGACAGGGGGAGCUUCGAUGAAAACACGGCCAAGUUCUGUGUGGGCUGCGUGACGGAGGCCUUCGACUACCUGCAUCGCAACGGCGUCAUCUACAGAGACCUCAAACCGGAGAACCUAAUGCUGGACGCCGAUGGUUACAUUAAACUGGUGGACUUUGGCUUCGCCAAGAAGAUCGGGUGUGGCCAGAAAACGUGGACGUUCUGCGGGACCCCCGAAUACGUGGCCCCCGAAAUCAUUCUGAACAAAGGGCACAACUUCAGCGUGGACUUCUGGUCUCUGGGCAUCCUGGUGUUUGAGCUGCUCACGGGCAACCCCCCUUUCUCUGGGACAGACCAGAUGAUGACGUACACCUUCAUCCUGAAAGGCAUCGAGAAGAUGGAGUUCCCCAAGAAGAUCACGAGAAGGCCUGAGGACCUGAUCCGGAAGUUGUGCAGGCAAAACCCAACGGAACGCCUGGGAAACCUCAAAAAUGGAAUAACAGACCUUAAGAAGCACAGGUGGUUUAACGGUUUCAACUGGGAGGGUCUGAAAGUGCGCAAGCUGAAAUCGCCCCUGAAGAGAGAGCUGAGUGGCCCCACAGACCACAGUUACUUUGACCGCUACCCCCCUGAUGAAGACACCCCCCCAGAUGAGCUCUCUGGCUGGGAUGCCGACUUCUGAGGGACAACCCCCCCCCCCCCAAAAGCCCGAAUUCUCACCCCGUAUGGCGGCCUUACCGCCAGCUUAUCCAGCCUUCAGAACCGCCAGCCGGCCCCUCCAUGGCCAGGGAACAGUGUCUGUGCCACCCAUAGGCUGGAGAACAACAUGGCCCAAGCGCCUGCGAUGCCACCCACUGACUAUCCAUGAGCUCGUGAAAAGAGUUUUGAAACCGGAACUCAUGUUUCCCGGCGCCGCCAUGUUGUACAAUUUGGAGCCAGAGGGAAGCUGAUGCAGCUCGCCCACUGAGUGUGUGAGAGAGUGACAUCAUCUGUGCCUGAUUCCUCAAGUACUGCUGUAUUGUCGUUGUAACGCAACAAUCGGCACCUGGGGAGGCGUUGGAUGAAGAAAAAACACUGAAUGCGACUACAUUUUCUUGUGGGAAUAAGAAUAAUUUGUAGAAUACACUGGCAUAGUUUGGCCUCCGGGGGCGCUGUUGUUCCAACGUCUGGAUGAUGAAUCUCGACUGGCUCUGCUCCGUCCCAAACCCGUUGCCUUUAACUGGCCCGGCAGCUCGUAAAUUGCGACUCCGAGAGAGCCCAGCCUUCAAAAGCCAACAUUAACUCCAAAACACGUCUCCCUCCGUGUGAGUUACGAACUGUGAGUGUCACAGAGAAUUCUGUGAAACCAGAGAGGUAAUAUUUAUCUUUUGGCCCCCAGAGUACAUUUUCGCGGUCUGGGAGAAGAAGGCAGUUGCCCUGAAUGCCGGAGGUGUCGAUGAAGUAUGAGGUUUUAACACUUUUAAAUGUAUAUAAACCACCUGUAGCUGUGCAAAUGAUUCAUGAGGGCUUAGCAGUCUACCUCUAGAAAGGAGUCAAAGUGCAGUUCCUAUAUUUCACUAUGACUAUUUGAUGUAUAUAUAUUUCAUAAAUGAAAUAAUAUGUGAAAUAAGUUAGUUAAAUGAUGUACGUACUGGCUUAGAGUGGACAUUUGUGACAACAGAGGGAAUCUUUUUUUUUAAAUAUAUAAAUCCAAAGUGAAAAAUAAUUAAGCCUUUGAAGAAUUUGCUUCUUCAUUACUAAAGAUAAGAUGUCAUCCUUUGCUGUUGUGAAAUGUCAUUGCGACUGCUUCAUGCACCAUGCCAAUACUUGGUGUAUAAUACUUAAAUAUAUUAAAAAUGUAUUUUUCUGUGAUACAGUAAAAAUAUCUUCAGGUACCCAGAUAACCUGUGGAGUUCUGUGGAACAGAAGGUCUGGGGAUAUAACAUUGUGGCUGAGAGAAGUGCCAUCGUAGGGACUGUCAAUAAAACUGCUGCCUUCAGAUCGAUUGUACAAAGACAAGAAUAGGAAUGGUGGGAAAGGCCUUAACGCCCCAACGUCAUUGAUGAGUGUAAUAAAAUUACAUUUAAUGAAGGAUGAGUGUUUUAAUCAGUGCUUUUGUAAUGUGAAUUGUUAGAAAUGGAAUAAAAUGGAAGUACAAUAAAAAAAAGUUGCAAUAAAACAAAUAAAAUUGUUUUAUCAGUGUGCGAAUACAAAUACUGUGUGUGUUGAAAGACAGCAGUCAGGCAAAAAGAGCUUGAAUGUGCUGAACAAUUGGAUGAGCAUUAAAACAAAAUAGAAGGUAUAUUUUGUCAAUGUAGAAGGAAAGUGCAGUUCAAAAGCAGUUUUUCAUGUGUAAUUUGUAAAGAUUCUUGCAGAUAUCUCAUGCCUUUGAUAGUUGACCAUAAACUGUAAUAUGUUUGAGUUUUGCAGCUACAGUAUGGUAUAUAUUAAAAUAUUUUGGUCUA